AUGAGAAGAAAAGAGAGCCAAGGAAGAAAUGAUAGAGGCAGCGGAGUCAGAAACCUGGCGGCGAGGGGAGGGAGCGUCGGUAAGAGGAGCCAGAGGAGGGAUGCACAGGGAGAGGGGAGAAAUCGCGGCAGGGGUGGGCAGCAAAGGACACGGUGCCCCCAACCGAGGGACCACCGCGGCGAAGAGCCCCGAAGGAGGCGGGGACGAGGGAGGGGACCAGAAAGGGAGCAAAGACGGGCGAGGCGCGAGGAUGGGGCAGAGGGCGACGGCGGGAGCAGCCGGACAGCGGGAGGAGGAGGGUCAGGCGGCCCGCCGAGGGGCGCGCCUCAGGGGCGGGGGGCGCGGGGGGCACCGACGGGGCAGCCGGCACCACGUCCCCGCCGACCUUCAGCGGCCGGAGUGGGGCCGGGGCGGCCAGGGGACCGGGCGCAGGAGGAGGCCGCUUCCUGCCGGGCCCGUGGGAAGGAGCCGGAGGGAGGGGUCGCGGGUGCCGGGAGCCGGGACACGGGGAGGACAGUCCGAGGCUCACCUUUCGCCCGGUUUGGCCUCCUCCAAGCCUGGCGGACGGAGGAGCCCGUGGUCUCGCUGGAAGAAGACGGCCCUCCCCGGGUCAGCACCAUCCCGCCGCGGGCGCCCUCACAUCGCCAUCGCGGCCACCGCAACCGCCGCGGCGGAGGAGCCGGUUCGUCAGCGCCGCUCGGCGACCGGCCCAGCGCGGCCAGCGAGCAUGCGCACUCGCCGCGGUCCCGAGGGAGCCUGGCCGGCGGUGCUACCUGCGAUCAACAGGUCCUGGCCGUGCGGCCCCGCCCCCGGCCGCUCGGUCUCCCCUCCCUCCCCUACGCUCCCGCCCGCGCCCUCCCUUCUCCGAGGCUAGGCCCCGCCCCGUCCAGGCCCGCGCCCCGCCCCUCCUCCCGCUUCCGAGCUGCAGCUCCUACUGUGAUUCCGAGAGAUUUGUCCGCCCUCCUCGGCUCGCGCUCCCAAGCUCCCGCGAGAACGGGGGAUUUGCGUCAAUAA